AAGGAGGUAUAUAUUUGGUUAUCUCCCCUCUGAUUUUCAUGUCAGUCUGUCUUCAGAUGAGUCACUUUUUUGAUGUCCAUAUCCCUCUGACCCUGAACCCUCCUGUAUGCCACACCAUAACUUCUCCUGACCAAUCCAGACUCUGACAGCAACACACAGCAGAGCCUGUCUGACGGUGAGGAGCAGCUGGACCGCCUCCAGCAGGCGGAGCUCACUCGAAACACAUGCAUGUCACUGUGGAGAGCCGGUGCAGUGCAGGCCUGGCUGGAAGUUGUCAUGGGGAUGCCCAUGUACAUGCGAGCCUGCUCUGAAAACGUCAAAAGCGGCAAGGUGCUGCUUGGUUUGACAGACGAGGACUUGGAGCUGGGUCUGGGUAUCAGUAACCCCAUUCAUCGCCGGAAAGUACGACUGGCUAUUGAGGAUUACAGGAGGGCGGAAGGAGACCAAGGACUUUCAAAAGCCACAGAGAUGGACCAUUACUGGGUUUCAACAUCCUGGCUGAGUGACGUGGGUUUGCCGCAGUACUCUCAGAGCUUCCAGACUCAUUUAGUAGACGGACGAGUCCUGAACUCUCUGAGCCGCAGAGACCUGGAGAGACACCUCAACAUCAGUGACCAGAGCCACCAAACUAGUUUACUCCUGGCAAUCCAGCUGCUGCAGAUGCUAAGCUUUGAUAAAGAGGCCCUGCAGGCAAGGCGACUAAAAUGUGAGAACCAAGACCGGGACCCCAUUGUUUGGACAUGUCACAGAGUAAUGAAGUGGAUCAGAGACAUAGAUCUGAAGGAGUUUGCAGAGAAUCUUGAGGGCAGAGGGAUUCAUGGAGCUGUGUUGGCUCUGGACCCAGCCUUUGACACGGACGCCAUGGCAAAAGCUCUGGGGAUCCCCAGCAACAAGCACAUGCUGCACCGACACCUGUAUGAAGAGAUGAAAUCACUCGCCGUCUCUAACAGUGGAGAGCAUGAUGGUGAGGUCAACUGCUCCUCUUCACCUGUGGCUGUGAAUCGCUUUACUGAGGAAAGACUGUCAAUGAGAGUAUCAGGCAAGAGUCCUCUGCGGAUUCGUGCAAACAGCCACUCUGCAGAGCGAGGUCUGGGCUUCCAUGGCAGCUGCGGCUCUCUGCCCAGAGAGGCCAGGGUUCAGGCCAUUCCCCGGGCCAAAGGCAGCCCUGUGCACACCUACAAGAGUGUUGAAAUCACCAACGUCUGAAACAGCCUCUGCCCUCACUCCAGUGAUGCUAUUGUUUACAGUGUUAUUAUAUUAUUGCUGAUAACUACUGAGGAAGUUGUGCUAAGAAGGUGUACCAGUAAAUUUUACAAUUCAAAUGUAUUGAUAACCAGCCAAUAUGUGUAGACUCAAAACAGAGACCAGCUGGAGCAAGAGGAUGUACUAUAGACAGUGUUAGUGUAGCUCUCGGUCAACUAUAUUUCAAAUAGUUUUAUAUUAUCAACUAUAGAACACUUAAGAAUAACUCACAAAUAUAGCUGAGCACAGAGUUGUUUCCUUUUGAUGCCUUACAUGGAAUAUCUCUCACUGCGCUGUUGUUUUUACUGAGCUACAUUUAUUUUUUUUUACGAUUUUUUAACAUUAAAAUAAACUUAAUUAUUUCUGCAUAAGGUGAAAAAAAAGAAUAUUUAUGCUUGUUGUGUAGUAAAAAAUUGUAUUAUGACAUAUUUAAUUUUGCAGAAUACAAAUAUGCAUCUGCUGAUAAUCCUCUGAGGAGACCUGAACCUGAAUUCAGCAGCUCUGCAUUUGAGAAAUGCAAGUUUGUAAUCACAAUUACUAAUACCACUGAAAAAGAUAACAGAACUUUGCUUAAAAUAAGAACAAAAAUGUUAAAUUUGGACAUGCAUGGGAGCUAAAUAUUUCACAACAAUAGCAGAGUGUGAGCUUUUAUCACACUUUGCAUUCCAGCACUCAAACAAUCUUUAACAUAGAUUCUCGACUGACAGCUGUUCAAAUUUUCUCUUCUAUUACUGUUAUGUAAUCUAUAUGUUAAAAGUUGUUUGUUUUUUUAUUGUAAAUAUUGAUAGAAUUUUAUUAACAGAAAUCCUCUUCUCAUCAUGUAUAAAUCAAACAUUCAGCUGAAUGUUGGUUUCAAAAAUGAUACUUUGUUAAAUGUAAGCUCACAGCGUUCCCAAGAUGAGUAUAUUGUAAAAAAAGAGACAGGACUUUUAUUAUGACUUCAAUGGAGAGGAUGUAAUAAUGUACUUUGUACAGUUUGAUGUUUUGUAACACAAAGUUGUUGAAAGUUAUCUGAGCAUGAAAACACACAUUUGAAGUGUCAAAAGGCCACACUUUGACACUUUGUGCAGUUGAAAGCCUGAGGUUAAUCCAAAUACUAGAAAACCGGUUUGUCCACCACAUUUCUGGGCGUUUUCUCUGUGCAGUCACCAAAGGCAAGGUUUGCAAGGUUGUUUCAGCGGGAAGAUUAGACCAGUUCAAACCUGUAUGGAAACAGAAGGGACGAACUCAAACAGUGUUUCUGUUAAUGUCACAUUAUCUGUCUCUCUCCCCCUCUCCUUGCUCAACUGUCACAGCUUUUCGUGUAUUCAAACAUUAAAGGUGAAAAUUUUGUCAACUUCUGUUAAA